GCACCACUGCACUCCAGCCUGGGUGACAGAGCAAGACUCUCUCUCAAAAAAAAAAAAAAAAAAAAAAAAGAAUGGAGAAUGGAGGCAUUGGAGAUUUGGGCCUGAGCAAUGGCGAGAGGAGGAGAGGCAAGGCUGCAUGUUGGAGAUGGCAGAGGCUGACAAAGCAGAUGUGUUGGGAAUAGUUAGCAGGAGAUCCAGCAGGUAAGGGGGAGGCCAGGGCCUCCUCACUCCGCCAGCCAAGGCACCUAGCCCACAGGGACCCAGGUAACACGUGACACCAGGGUAGCCACAGAGCCUCCUGGGGCAGGGACCCCCUCAGCCGAGGCAGCUGCUGCUGCUGCAGCUGGUGACAUUUCACUCCAUGAGAGUCCUGGCUUCAAAGUCUUUGCAGGGGUAGCAGAGGGAGAAAAGGGAGUUGGAGAGGACAGGCUGGGUUGGGGAGGGAGCCACAGCAGGGUGGCCACCAGAGGACCAGGCAGCCAGACAUGGCUUGGGCCGGAGCCCUUAGCCGAGGUGUGUGGGCCUGAUGGGUCCAGGAGCAGCCACCCUCAUCCUGCAGCCCCCAAAGAACAUAGGAGGAGGUGCAGGAACCCUCGGGCAGGCCUAGGCUCCCCCUAGGGAACUGAGGUUGGGCCUGCUGCCCACAGCCUGCCCACUUUACCCAGAUGUCCAGCAAGGUGGCCAUCAACAGUGACACUGGGCAGGCCCUCUGGGCAGUGGAGCAGCUCCAGAUGGAGGCAGGCAUCGACCGAGUGAAGGUGAGGGUCGGGGCCAGUGCAGGAGGCGGGAAGAGGUGGGAACACAUGGGCCAGGGGACAGGUGCAUGCCUGGGUCUGGUCUGGCUGACCCAGUUGGUCUGCAGGUGUCAGAUGGCCACCGAUGUGCUGCAGUUCUGCACGGAGCAGGCCAAGAGGGACCCCUUCCUUGUGGGCAUCCUGGCAGCCACCAACCCCUUCAAGGAGAAGAAGCCCUAUGCCAUCCUAUGAACCCAGGACAAUGCCACCCUGUGGCCUGGGCAAACCAGGGGGCCUCAAUAAACAUGAAGUGAAUACUUCUUAGGGCAUGGCUGAGCCUGGCUGAGAUGGGAGACCAGUGGGACUUUGGGCUUGCAGGGGCCAGGUGCAUAACUGGCCCAGCCUCCCUCCCUCCCUGGCCUGCCCCUGGGGUCACAGCCAUAGCAGCACACACACACCCUGGAGACCUGGACGGACAGCAC